CGUAAACAAUUCCUCCCGCCAGCAGAAAAUCGCCUCGUGCGAGCACCACUUAACCAAACUGAAUCAUGCAUGCGCGGCUCGGAAGAGUGGAAAUUAUCAUUUUGCCGUGUAAUUGUGAGUAGGUUGGAUUUAUACAACGUAGCUGUCGUAACCAACUGCUACGUCUGCCGUGUUUGGGUCGAAAGGAAAGUCUCUGUAUGCUGUGUUCUCCAUGGAUGCCAACUUUUGAAUUGUGUGAAAAAUGGCAGGCGGGAAAAUGAUCUCCAAAUCACCCAGAAACCUGACGCGGAGAGGCAGGUGCGCCUACCGACGUUCGGGAACAAUUCACGGUGCAGCGAAGACGAGACACGCGGUGAUGUUGAUGAUGGUGGCUAUAGUGUGUUUGUACCAGAUUGAAACGGUGACAACGACAGACGAUUGCCAAAGACGACUGAAACCAAGCCACACACACCUCGAGUUCGACCGCGAGGUCACCAGCUUAAACCGGGUGGCGUUCACAGUGAAAACUGACAAAGAGGCCAUCAUUGGUCUGUCACCCUCCUCACUGGGCGUGGAUCCUGUCAUGUAUAAAAUAGUGAUAGGAAAAGCAGAAACUGGGAAGUCUGAGGUCCAACGUUGUCAGUCGUCGUGUUCGUCUUGGGUCAUGCCUGUUGCGAUUGCGGACAUUUUGAGCCCGACGGAAUCGCGUGGUUUCUGGAUCGACUGGGGUAACGGGAACGGCUUGAUCAAGGUUGGCAGGCGUGGUGAGGAAACUCCCUUCAUGGAAAGAACCGAACCGGACCCAUCCCCGAUCGCUAUUAGGUACCUGGGUUACGCAACCGGUGCUUCAAGUGGAGAAAGCACUUGGAAUUUUUGCGGUGAGUCUGACUUUUGUCGUUGCUUGUGUUAGUUUUGAACUUAGGGCCAGGUAAGGCAGUUUGUUUUCAACGUUUGUUCCGUUUUGUCCUGUCACGUACGUUCAUGCUGCAUUCCUGCAAUGGCGGAAGGCAUCGUCAGCGAAUUGCGAGCGGUUUUUAAUGCAAAUGCCGCAGCUAAUUUGCCUGAUUGAUAUUUACUUUCUCUGACAAGAAACAAAGUGCGGCACAUUUCGACACUGGCCAACAGCGGCGAGCAAAGAAGCGCGCGCGGGUGUUUUGGUACUUUUUUUCCUGUUUACAGGGUGUUGCCUUGGCGGCAGGUCGGCAAGUCGGCAACCGCCAAUUUCGACCAACCCACCUAAUGGAAAGUUGGAGACGUGAUGCUUUCGACCACGAGGCCGGCCACAAUUGUUUCCUGUCAUCCAUCAUGCUUCGAGAGGCGACAGAUGAUCAACCGAGGUUGGAGCCGA